AUGCUGACCUGUGGCCUGGAUGCCCACCUGCGCAGGCUGGGCAGCGCUGCAGCCGACCUAGAGCCCAGGGAGGGCCAGGGCACGGAGCCGCCGCCGGCCGACGGCGAAGGCCAGGCAUUCUCCAUGACCGAUGUCGCUCACGCCAGUGGCAGCCCCGAGGGCGCUGAAGCCCCGCCCUCCUCUGCUGCCAGCUCCAGUGGCACUGCUCGUGGCGGCAGCGCAGGACGGCAGGGCACAGAGCCGGCGCCCGCCGACGGCGAGGGCCCAGCCUUCUCCAUGUCUGAUGUGGCUGCUGGAACUGGCGGCGAGGGUCCCACACCGCGCCAGGGGCGCGCCGCCAGCGCAAGGGGCGGCCUCGUCUCCUUAUACCCCCCACAGGACGGCCACUACCAUUUCGCCAAGGGCGACGAGGCUGGCCUGGAGUCUGGGGACACGCGGGUGGAUGCCAGCUGGACUAGCCUGGAGGAGCCCGAGGCGGUGGAGCGCGUGCCGCCGGGCCUGCACGGCACCCAUCACAUGCCCGAGUAUGUGGGUGAGCCUGAGGAGGGCGGCUUCAAGGAGCCUGGCCAGGACAUCGCCAGCGCCCUGCCCAGGCGGCAGGACACGGAGGAGUAUGGGCUGAACAAGGAGUGA